AUGGAUGCCACCAACGACGCUGUGAACAGGAUCCCGGCCGCCGGGUUUGGCGAGGCCGGCGAGGGUGAUGUUGAAACCGCUCCGGCUCGAGAGGCCACCGGAGGGCAUUUGCUGGAAGGAUCGAAAGCCCGCGAAGGCCUGAAGUCGGUGAGGCGUAUCUGGGGCGAAGACAAAGUUCAAUAUUACCAGUGGGCGAAUCGAGGAGUAGGGUUUUGUAAUAAACUGUUGACGGCGGCUCGCGAGGUGAGAGACUGGGACGAAGCUGUGGUAAAGUUGAACAGGUUAAUUCACAGACGAGCCCAGCAAGUCGGACGACGCAAGGUUAAGGAAUCGGUCGACCCUAUCGAGCCGGACGACCUGGUAAAUCUAAAGGCCUGGUGCCGCAAGGAUCCAUAUGUUAAGAAAAACGACCGCGAAGGAAUCGCCCUGCCUUUCAGGAAGCUGGUCGUUGCGGAUCUGCCGGCCGGUUUCGGCUUCGACAAGUUCGGGCUUGUGGUGCGAAAGGAAGAGGAGCAAUUAGGGAGUGUUUUAAAGGGUGGUGUGUCUGUGGAGGUUGAUGUGACUGAACCGAGCCAGCCACCUCAGGGGCCGAGAAAGGAGACGGAGAGUCCACUCAACCGAUUCCAUCGCCUCGACGCGCGCAAUCGCGAGAACGUGGCGCACGCCGGAUUGAAUAUCCGGACGUCCGCUGACAUCUUCGAAGAGGGCCAAAGGCAGCAUGAAGCGGCUAGGACGGAGAGGCAGGCCCGGCGGAACACGGGACAUAUGGGUGACGAACAGGUCGGGGCAGAUAAGAACCGCCAGCGGGUUAAAGCUGGAAGGCCGAGGAAAGAUCCGUCCGCAUACAAACCG